AUGGCCGCGGGGCCCGUGCGGGGCAGGCGGGGAGCGCUCGGCCCGGGCGGAGCCGGGGAGCCGGAAUGCAAGCGAGCGUGCCGGCUGCUGGACACCAUUCCAAAGGAGGCUGGUGCCCAGCUCAUGGACUGUGCCAUGGAUCUGGGUUCCAGGCAGAAAUUCCUCCCUGACUCUGCUGCCUGGGCUGUGAAGACAAAGCAGAGUUCCGUGGUUUUGGAAAAUCACGGGAGCAAAGGCACUUCCCAGCCGUGCCCGAGAUGUGUUGCUGGAGAAUCUGGACACUUCGGUCACAUCCUGGGCUUCUAGAAAUGGAGGAGGAGCAGAGGAGCAGCUCUGAAUUCCUGCUGGGAUCCCAAGGAUGCAGCUGGAUCCUGGAUCCUGCCCUGCCUCAGCACUCCCACCCUGCCCUGCUGCCACUCAGGGCACGAAUAUCUGCAAUUCUGCACCUGCUCACCAUGUUCUGCUCCUCAGGUAGCUCAGGAUUUAUCUAGAAAGGACAAGAAAAGCCUGAAUUCGUGUUUAGGUAGCUCAGAAUUUGUUUUAAAGGCUGAUUUCAUUUUUAGGAAACUCAGAAUUUGUCUAAAAAGGACAAGAAAAGGCUGAAUUCGUGUUUAGGUAGCUCAGGAUUUGUUUGGAAAAGCUAAUUUUGUUUUUAGAUAGCUCAGAAUUUGUCUAAAAAGGACAAAGAAAUGUGUAUUUCAUAUUUAGGUAGCUCAGGAUUUGUGUCAAAACAACAAGAAAAGGCUGAUUUCAUGUUUAGGUAACUCAGAAUUAGAAAAAGCUAUUUUCAUUUUUAGGAAACUCAGAAUUUGUCUAAAAAGGACAAGAAAAGGCUGAUUUCAUGUUUAGGUAACUCAGAAUUAGAAAAAGCUAUUUUCAUUUUUAGGAAACUCAGAAUUUGUCUAAAAAGGACAAGAAAAGGCUGAUUUCAUGUUUAGGUAACUCAGAAUUAGAAAAAGCUAUUUUCAUUUUUAGGAAACUCAGAAUUUGUCUAAAAAGGACAAGAAAAGGCUGAUUUCAUGUUUUGGACUGGUUAAGUUGAGCUGGCCUUGGGCCCAGGCUUCACCUUGGACUGGACCAGAGGUUUUGUUGAUUCCAAAGGUUUUCUCCUGACUCCCUUGGAAAAUGCUCCUUUGGAAAAUCCUCCUUGUCCAGGGCCACAGGCAGGAGUGGGAGCACACAAAUUUUAGUUUUUAAAACUAAACUUUAGUUUUUAAGUGGCUUUGCAGCUGUGAAGUCCAGGAAAAAUCCCACUGAAGCUUACAUUUAAAUCCCCAAAAAAAAAAAAAAAAAAAUCUGUUUAAAAAGGCUUGACCUCAUCAUCCAGCAGGCUUUUGUUGGCACAAAUCUAAUGACAGGUUAAUUAACCUCUGAAAGGUUACUUUUGGGGGUUAUCAGGAUGCAAAGUCCUCAGGCAAAAGUUUUUUUGCAGUCCUUGAGCCUUCCAGUGUUGUGUGUGGAGUUGGAGUUAGCACUGAGUUGAGAUGUUCUCAUUAAAUUAAUCUCGCCUAAAAUACUGAGUUUAAUUAAGUAAUACAUGAGGAAAUAAGUCUAAAACCAGACCUGCGAUUAAUUGGCGUUCAGAUUUUGGUUUUAAAAAAAAAUUUCCUCCAAGCCCAUAAAAACUUUAGUUAAAUUAAGAAUUAAUACUUUCAAGUUAGUAUUUAUAUCAAGUUAAUACUUGAUACCAAGAUCUGGGGGGAGGGGGUUGGGGGGUCAGAAUUUGUGGUGAAUUCAUUUUUACACCCCCAACCUUUGUCUUUUAAAAAUCCUGAUAGUCAAAGCAGUAUAAAAAAAUAAUAAAAAAAACCAGGAUAAACAGCAGUUUCUGUGCUGCAAAAGCUAAAAUAUCUGAUUAAAUGUAAAGGGCUAAAAUGGUUUAGUUCCUGCAAAAUCACUCUGAAUCUCAGGUGUGACAAGUAACAGUUGGGACUGGUCAAAAUUUGGUCAAAUACACUCAAAAUUUCAGGUGUACAAAGAGGGGAAUACCAGAACUGGACUUGGACUCUGUGAUGGAAGAGUUUUCUGCCAGAAUACACCAGGCAGAAAUAUGGGAUGGAGUUUAAAACUCAGGGAACGUGUGGAUUAUCAAACCAGAGAAGUGGUUUUUCCUUAAAUAACUCCGGUUGUAUCGUGUUCAGGAGUUCACAGAUACCUGUGAACAGGUAUUUCCUCUGUUUGCUUUAGACCUGAGUCUGGGCUGGACUGGGUUUAAACCAAGAACUGGUUCAUUUCUGCUUUUCCUGCUGCUCCUCGUGAGGUUUGUGCCACAUCCUUUUACAUUUUCCAGCUUUUCCAGCAGCCUUUGCGUUUUUUUUAAUUUUUUUUUUGAAUGUCCAGGUAAAUCCCAGGGCUGGUCCCAGGUGGUGGCUGCAGCAGAGGCUGCUGGAGGAUUUUAAUGGGAUUUCUGGGAUCACUUUUCCUAUUGUGAGUGGGCACGGAGCAGGGGAUUUCAUUCAGGGGAUUCCUCAACUCCACAGCUGAGCAAAGCAGGAAAACUUGAUCCCAGCUUUUGGGAGCUGCAGGGUGAGCAGGGACAUCCCUCACCCUGCCCCAUGUGCAGGUUGGGCUGGCAGGGACUUUGGGAAUUCCUAUAAAUGUUUCCCAGAUGCUGCCCCUGAGGGGAGCGAUCCCCAAAAAGAAAUGGGUUAUCCAGGAACACAACGUAGGGGAAAGCAGAGCAAGCCUAUUCUGAAAUAUCAAUUAAUGCAAUAUUUUCUGAUCCCAUCUGUGCUGGGAAUGAGCUCCAAAAAGGGGGGUCAGGCAGUGGGAAGGUGGCUGCCCUCAUUUCCAGCUAUCCCAGCCACCACCUCCUUGCAGAAUUCCUGCCUGCUUUGGGCUGGAAAGGACCUGAGAGCUCAUCCAGUUCCACCUGGGACAGUGCCAGGGAUCCAGCCCCAGCUGCUCUGUGCCUGGAUGUGGAGAAAUUCCAGUUCCAUUUUCUGGGAGUUAUCCCCAGCUGGAACCCCUGGAGCUGCUCCCUGGCAGAGCUGAAUAAACCCACGUGGAAUUCCUCACACAAGCCUCAUCCUCCCUGGUCUGUUUGUUUUUUUUUUUCCCCAAAUGGGCAGGCAGAAGCUCCUGGAUAAGUUCAGAGUGAACUUUUCCUCUCAGCUGUGAUUCCUUGCUCCAUGUUUUCCAACAGGGCAAGAAAUGCUUUUUUAAAAUUAUUCAGGCUGGAAACAAAUUGGAGUUUAAUUGCCUGCUCCACUGAAGGCUUUUAAUAGUGAUAUUUUUUUUAAAUAGAAGUGUUUGUAAUUUAUUUUGGGAUUUUGCAGGAUCAUAAAGCGGGCACAGGCUGGGGCAGUGAAUAUUCCUUUAAAGCAGAUUUGUGUCAAAUCUGCAGUGGAGCCACGGAGUUAUUUUUGUAUGCCUUGCAGAGCUCUGAAAUUUUGUUUUCUUGAUGAAAAAAAUAUAUAAAUUUUCUAUUUCCUACUGCUGUGGUUUGUACACAGAAUAACCAGAGUGAUGCUUUAUUUACCUGUACAUAGAGAGAAAGGCCCCUGGCCUGUUUUUAAUUCAGCUCUAAAGGAUCUAAUUCUUAUUUUUAACUUUGUAUUUUGUAAAUUGUUCCUUACUAAAGCAGAAGCAUUAAACACCACUUUGGCUGCA